AUGGUUCAUCAGCACGGCGACCACCAUGAUAUUCCGUCCGAAUACCGCAUCCACAAGCCGGGGGCAUGGCUCCCCGCCGACCACCGCGUCCAUCGCCAAUACCUCUCCAACGUCACCCGCCACGUUGACUCGCACCCCAAGCAGCCGCUCACGCCCGCCCUCGAGGAGUUCAGGCAGCUCAUCGAAGGCAACUCGCGCAUAUACAUGUACUUUGUGCAAAUGUUUGACGAGAUCCCCCGCAAGCACCCCUACUUGCGGGACCCCACAGGCGGCAAGCAGAUCCGCGACUACGAGCAUAUGCUGCAGGUGCUGAACCAUGUCGUGACGCGAGCGCCGGAGUGGACAGAGGCCGCGGAGAGCGUGGGCGUGACGCCCGAGUCGGCAGAGGUCUUGGGGGACCAUGACCUGGGCUGGUUCGGACAGACUGGCAUAAGCGACCUUGUCCAGGUCGCCAACAUGCCGUACCAGUCGAGCAUGAAGUUUGAGGACAUGUUUGUCUGCGAUCCCACGGCAAAACACAUGGGUUUCAAGUCCUGGGACGACUUCUUCACGCGGCGAGUCCACGACGCGGCACGCCCCGUCGCCGAUGCCGACGACGACUCCGUCGUUGCCAACGCCUGCGAGUCCAAGGUGUUCAACGUGGCGCACAACGUCAGGCUCCGCGACAAGUUCUUCGCCAAGGGCCAGCCGUACUCGCUCGUCGACAUGUUUGCCCACGACGCGCUCGCUCACGAGUUUGUCGGCGGCACCGUCUACCAGGCGUUCCUGUCGGCGCUCUCGUACCACCGCUGGCACUCGCCCGUCUCGGGCACGGUGCGGCGCGCCUUUGUCCAGGACGGCACGUACUUUAGCGAGCCGCUCUCGGAGGACGACGGCGACCCGGCUAUCAAGAUUGACACGCGCGGCAUCUCCGUGGCGCAGGGCUACCUGUCCGCGCUGGCGGCGCGGGCCAUUAUCGUGCUGGAGGCGGACAAUCCCAAGAUUGGCCUGCUGGGCUUCAUCGGCAUCGGCAUGGACGAGGUGAGCACGUGCGACAUCACGGUCAAGGAGGGCCAGCGCUUGAAAAAGGGCGACCAGCUGGGCAUGUUUCACUUUGGGGGGUCGAGCCACUGUUUGGUAUUUCAAAAGGGCGUCAGGGUCGACGGGUUCCCGCCCGUGGGGAGGCAGGAGAAUGUCCCCGUGAGGGGGAAGCUAGCUGUCGUUCAUUAG